GAAGAAGAAGAGGAGGAGGCGGAACAAGGAAUCAGGAAUCAGCUGUCAAAAAAAGUAGCUAAAGUGUAAGCAAAGGACCAGAAAGAGAGAUGUUCAGAGCUUGUGUACUGCACUGACUGGUUGCCUGCCUGUGAGCUCUGACUGAACACACCCGCGAAAAUGCCUGCAGUUUCCACCGAGGUCAAAGAGCUGUACCUGUCCACAUCUCUGGGUGAUCUCAAUAAAAAGGCUGAAAUAAAGCCAGACAAGACCAGCACCAGGAGCUAUGUUCAGAGUGCCUGCAAAAUCUUCAAGGCGGCAGAGGAGUGUCGUCUGGACAGAGAUGAGGAGAGAGCGUAUGUCCUGUACAUGAAGUAUUUAACAGUAUAUGACAUCAUCAAGAAAAGACCAGACUUCAAGCAGCAACCGGAGUAUUACAUGACCAUGCUUGGGCCAAACAGCUUUAAGAAAGCCAUUGAAGAAGCCGAGAAGCUCUCUGAAAGCCUUAAACUCAGGUAUGAGGAAGUUGAGGUUCGGAAAAAGCUUGAGGAGAAGGAGAGACAAGAGGAGAAGAAAAGGAGAGAGGAAAUAACAGAGAAGGAUGCGGGUCGAAGCUCUCCAAAAGUGUCAUCAGCGAACAAGAAGGACAGCAAAAAGGUUAAAGGAGAACAGAACGAACAGAAGAACGCAACCUCAAAAGCUGCGGUGCCUGCUGGUGGGAUCUCAGCUGAGAAACUUUUCAACAUGAUGAAGGACCAGACGAUUACAAUAAUUGUCAUGGAUGCCCGCAGCCACAGGGACUUUGAGGAGUCUCAUAUUCAGGUCCCAGGGCAGACCUGCAUCAGCGUGCCUGAGGAGGCCAUUAGCCCAGGAAUCACUGUGAAUCAGAUUGAGGCGAACCUGCCCGAUGUGUCAAAAGAGCAUUGGAGGCAGCGGGGACUUGUGGACUAUAUAGUCCUGCUGGACUGGUUCAGCUCUGUCACUGACCUUAAACUGGGCACCAUCUUGCAGAGCCUCAAAGAUGCCCUCUUUAAGUGGGACAGCAUCACCAUCCUGCGUAGUGAGCCGCUGGUGCUGGAGGGAGGCUACGAGAACUGGCUGUGGUUUUACCCCAUGUAUACAACCAACGCUAAAGUUCACCCCCCCAAACAGAAUAUCAUCAGCUCCCUCCCUCUGUUGAACUUUAGCUACCCAUCCCUAGAGGAACCAAAGCCUCCCACCCCACCUCUACCAGAGCCUGAGGUUGCCCCUGUGCCUCAGGAACCCUCAGCUCCUGUGCAGGUGAAUGGCCUUGCACCAGCAGAACCUCCACCAUCUAAAACUUCCAUGAUUACGGACAGGCUGCCGGACACUGUUGAUUCCCCUGCCAAAGGCUCCACAAAUUCUGAGCAAGACCUCAGUAAGAAGGUCAACCAGUCACCUGCAACAGCCAGGGCCUUCCCACAGUUUGACCGUACCAAGAAACCCUCUGUUCGGGUGUCGGAUGAGCCUAAGCCCAGCCAGAACGGGUCAGCGAAGGAGUCCACACAGAACGGCCCAGUUAUCCCUGACCGCUCAGUGAAACCACCGCUCAUCCCCAAUACUUCUCUGUCUAAGGAAGAACAAAGUAAGAUACACUCCGAGGCAGUGGCAGUGAUGGAGAAGGCCAGACAAGAGCAGGAGAAACGCAACCAGGAGCGUCGUGUAGAAGAGGAGAGGCGGGAAAGAGAACAAAAGGAAAGGCUUGAAAAGGAGCAAAAUGAGAAGAAGAAGAAGGACGAGGAGGAGAGUGGACCUCAGGAGAAAAAGAAACUGGAAAGGCAGAAGGCAGAAGAAAAGGAGGACAAAGAGAACAGGGUGUGGGACGAGAAAGAGAAGAGGGGAAAAGAGCAGAACACCGACACUCCAUCGAAGAGUAUGUCUCUGGACUCGCCUGCUCCCAACCAUAUAGUGAGUGAGAUUAAGAGGGAGCCCCUGACCCGAGCCAGGAGUGAGGAGAUGGGUAGGAGUGUGCCAGGCCUUCCAGACGGUUGGAUGAAGUUCCUUGACAUAGUGACGGGGACGUACCGAUAUUACCAUUCCCCUACCAACCGUGUCCACCUGUACCCCCCUGAAGUCACUGUUCCCCAGACCCCACCCUCCACACCGCCAACUGUUAAACAGAAACCACCACGACCAGCUGAGCCAGACGCCAACCGGGAACGAGAGCGGGAACAGUCCAAACUGAAACGCUCCUAUUCAUCCCCAGAUAUCAGUCAGGAACUGAGAGAGGAGGCCCAGAAGAAGGCGACCGCCCCGACCACUGCUGCUGUCAUACCAACCAUCAACAGAGAGACUAAACCUGCCACUGCUAAAGUUUAUUCUAAAGUGGAGAUCGCACGGCCGUCAGCUGCCAAAAUCCGCAACCUGAACCCUACAUUUGGAGGUCUGGGUGCUUCGCUGACCGGCCUGCGUAACAUGGGCAACACAUGCUACAUGAACUCCAUCUUGCAAUGUCUGUGUAACACUCCCGCCAUGGCUGAGUACUUCAACAACAACUACUACCUGGAGGACAUCAACAGGUACAACAUCCUCGGUCAUAAAGGGGAGGUGGCGGAGGAGUUUGGUGUGAUCAUGAAGGCCUUAUGGGCCGGUCUGUACAAGUGCAUCAGUCCGCGGGACUUCAAAGUCACCAUAGGCAAGAUCAACGACCAGUUUGCUGGCUAUGACCAGCAGGACUCCCAGGAGCUGCUGCUGUUCCUCAUGGAUGGGCUUCAUGAGGACCUCAACAAGGCGGACAACAGGAAGCGGUACAAGGAGGAGGAAAAUGACCAUCUGGACGAUCAGACGGCAGCCGACUUGGCCUGGAGCAAACACAAGCUGCUGAACGAGUCCAUCAUUGUAGCGCUGUUCCAGGGCCAGUUCAAGUCCACUGUGCAGUGUCUGACCUGCCACCGCAAGUCACGGACAUUUGAGACCUUUAUGUACCUGUCGCUGCCUCUGGCCUCCACCAGCAAGUGCUCCCUGCAGGAUUGUCUGAGGCUGUUCUCCAAGGAAGAGAAGCUGACCGACAACAACAAGGUGUUCUGCAGACAUUGCAAAGCCCACAGAGACUCCACCAAGAAACUGGAGGUCUGGAAGGUCCCACCCAUUCUCCUGGUGCACUUAAAACGGUUCUCCUAUGAGGGCAGAUGGAAGCAGAAGCUGCAGACGUCUGUAGACUUCCCUCUAGACUCUCUGGACCUGGCCCAGUACGUCAUUGGACCCAAACAGAACCUGAAGAAAUACAGCCUUUAUGGAGUUUCUAACCACUACGGGGGUUUAGAUGGCGGCCAUUACACAGCCUACUGUAAGAACGUCCAUAAGCAGCGCUGGUACAAGUUCGAUGACCACGAGGUGACCGACAUCUCCACCUCCUCCGUCAAGUCCUCUGCAGCCUACAUCUUGUUUUACUCCACCCUGUGAUGGAGCCGUAGGACAUGAAGAGAGAACACUACACCAGAGCAGCGACGCUCAAAGCCUAGAGGUUGUUUUUUGUUUUCCUUUUGAAAAUCACAGCUCUGAGGACCUGGUGCACGUAGUUGCGGUUUAACUAGUCGUGUAUGUGCACGCAAGGACGCACUCGAGCGAGUGGCGAUGAGAUUCCGUCUGUGGCAGAUGGGAGAACGGUGCAGGCACACUGUGCAAUGCUUCAGCUACUAGAGGACCCUAUACCUGGUAAAACAUGCCGUCUGUCCAUAUUACUGAUCAUCUAGUGACUAAACAGAUGCUCCUUUUACUCCGACUUGUUGAUGGUUGUGUUGUAGGGCUGACCGCUGGUUCAGAUGCUCUUCACUCUCAUUUCUGUUGCACUCAGCGUGGAUGGCCGUAUCGCCGAACUGAUCAGCUUUCUUGUACUGUGUAUACACCACAGGGUUAACAGUUAGAUGGCAUGUACAUACUUACCAAUGCUGAUGUUGCACAUUCAAAAAUGUAAAUACCGGACGGCAAGUUGUUUAUCUGUUAAGUGACCAAAUUAUGAUUAUUUUUCUUGAAAGUAGCAACCAUCUUAGUAUCACCAUAUUCAUAAAGACAAACUGUGUGUUUUAGGGGUUUAACUCUAUAGCCUUCUGAUGUUAAACAUGAUCUUCAAGAGGAAGAGACUGUGAGCGUUGACUUCUGCCUUCCUCCUAUAAAGAGAGGUGGGAAUUGAGAUCGUUGCUUGUUCAUAUUAGCCACAUCGUUGCACUUACACAAUAUGCAAACAGUUUAAGUUGUUUCUGUAGAACACAUUGUUUAACAGCAGACAUUAAUACUCGACUCAGAAUGCUUUAAAAUGAUACUGAUGCUGAGAGCUUGUCUGUCUUGCUCGGUCCAGGCAGUGGCAGAAAAACCUGCUUCUAUAAAGUUUGUCAUAGAAUUUAUUCUCAGUUAAAUACACUUAACUCUUUACAUUAUUAUAUUCAAACACAAAAACUAUUUAGAGGAAAAUUACUGGGAUAACUUGGCAUCCUUUUUGGCUUAAACCAGUGCUGAUGGUUUCGAGGAGGCUGGACUUGAGAUUUUUUUUUAAUCAUUUUAUUUCUGUGUUCAGUACCAACCUGGGAGAAUAUGAAGGCAUAAGAUAUUGAUCUUAUUCUCUUGCACGAGUACGUUAGCGUCAACAUUUGCUGCCUGACUGACUGACCGACUGACUGACAAGAGCAAGCACAAAGGAUACUGAUGUUUCUUCUGAGUGGACCAGAGAUGUGAGGUGGCAGGAUUUGACUUCCUGAGUACAGUUUUAUUGCCUAGCAUGAGAUCAUAAUCUGUUUUCUUUCUACUUGUACAUGUUGAUUUUAUUUCUUAAUGCUCUAAAAAAAAUUGUUUCAGAUAUAAUGAUUAUAUUAACCUCAAACAACUCAUAUGACUAUUUAUUAAAACUGCUUCAAAUUA